AUGACUGCUUCUCACCUAUUCAAUAUCAAAACUGUCGACAAGGCUGGGGAAGCCAAGCUGACGAAUGUCAUCAACAUCGAGAAGGACAUUGACGAAAUUACCACUCUACAAGGUAUUCGACAGCUUUUGGUAUCUGCUAAGAAGCUGGAUUCGGCAAAGGCACGCUUUGCAUUCUGUGGCAAAGAUGGCGCUCGUGUGGGUGAUGAUUUCAAUUGGAAGCUCUACGAAGCCCUUGUCGCCGAAGGUUCAGAUCAGGACUCCAAGACUCAGCUGCCAGGAGACACGAAAGUCCAUAAUCUAUGUUUUGAGUCCCCAGAAGAGACCAGCAAAGAAAAGUCAUUGAGCAAGCAGGCGCAGGACCUUCUUGAUAGCAAAUUGGACAUGGAUCUUGUGAAAAACAAACCCGAGCUGGUUACAGCUACUCUGAAAGAGCUGGCUAGCACCUACAACCAUGCCAAUUUCAAAGCUGCCGCUGGGGGCAAUGUUGUGACAGCAAGCUCUCUGUCCCAGGAAGACUGGGAGACGGUUUUGCGCAAUACGCAUUAUCUAAACGCGCAUCGGGUGGUCUUUUCAAAUCUGGAGAAUGGAACAAGGGCGUUUAAAAGGCUUGACAAAGCUCCAUUUGCUGCAUUUUGUACUGCGCCGAGAAAGAUAUUCUCUCUAGAAAAGGCUGACAAAUCUAUCCAAGUCGAGGGAGAGUAUCGAAUUCCUCGAUAUGUAGUCACCGACGACUCCUAUGUUAACGUCUUUGAAACAGCGAGUUCAUUGUCCGAGAGUGUUGCCUCCAGCAGCUUCUCCCAGAUGGAUAUCGAAGCCUCAGCUGGUGGAAGUCUUUUUGGAGCGAGUCUAUCUGUCAAGGCAGGUUUUAGUCAAAACGAGAGUCAGGCCGUCGCUACAUCGACCUCCAAAUCGGCGAGGUCCAUGAACAUCACAUAUAAUUUCCCAAGGGCUAUUCUGCACCUCGACGCAAGAAGCUUAGAGCUGACAGAGGAAUGCAAAAUAGCACUACAGGGGGUCAAGGAUGCCGAUAGCCUAAUCCAGUUUCACCAAGACUUUGGGCAUUUCUUUGCGACCAAUGUUGAGCUUGGUGGAAAGCUCUUUGCUUCAGAGCAGUUUACCUCCGAGGAGUCGGCCAAGGCGGAAGAGAAGGCAAAUGCUAUGAAGGCCAGUGCCAGUGCCUCGUUUUCGUACGGCGCAUUCUCGGCCUCUGCCAGCUACUCACAGGAGAACCAGCAAAGCGAAUCCCGAAAUGCCUCUAGCAGUCAAAUGACCAACAAUCUCACCUGGGAGGCCCGGGGUGGCGACACAAUUCUUUGUAAUGAUCCUCCAAACUGGUGUGCUACGGUUAAACCGUUUACGAACUGGAGAAUCAUUAAUCAAAGGGAUGUGAUGCCUUUGGGCGAUCUUAUUGGAACUUUCCAGAACUAUAAGCAUAUUCCUAGUGAUUUUGACCAAAUCCGAAAGGGAUCGAGACAGUCCGUUCCUUGCCGGUUCCGACUCCGGGCUAAUAAAAAGGAUGACGUUGGGGAUAACGAAUUCUACGGAGUGCGUAGAAGGGAGGAUGGGAAAAAGAAACUGGAGCCCUACCUGCGGAGGCAUAAGGGUCAACUACUCAAGGACGAUGGCCUCACGGACGAUACCCAAAUAUUCCCCGGGUUGGGUUUCACGGCCUAUUGGCAAGUUAGCACCCCUUCGGGCAAGUUUUACUCUGCUUUCGAAGAGCGCGUCAAAAAAGACUACUUUACAGACAACUUCAAGGAGUAUGUCGGGAUUGAUAAAUUAGAUCAUCACAAUGGAGGCUGCGACUUCGAGGUUGAAGUUGUGACGGAGCUGAAAGCAAAGCCGAAGUUACAAUUGAACGUUCCGUACCUUAUCCACGUCCCUAAGCGCAGCACCUAUCUUGCCGCAGACACAUCCGGCACUUAUAAGGACAGAUUCUUCGGUUACAUGUUUUAUGCACGUCAGGACCGUGCCAGCAAAUUCAUGUUCCGAAAGGUCGGGGACAGAGACAGAACAGGCGCCGUUGAGGACAAGAUGGAGGUCGAACUGGCCUGGUGUAAUGAUGAUGGAGAGCCUGUGGCUGUUGUUCAACGCUUUGAAGCCGAUCAGUCGACUCUGGUGCUGAGUAAAUAUGGAGCAUCGAAUGCAUCGAGCUAUAGUGUUGAGCACAAUGCGACAGUGGAAUAUAGCUAG